ACCACACUAGCGGCCCCUGUUGACUCGUUUAUGUAGAAACUUGUAUCAUAGGAUAGAUAGACUGGGUUAAGAAUAAAUAGGGAGCCAUGUCCGUUAAUCGAAAUCAUAUGGAGUCCCGUCCCACCUCAAGUCCCCCUCAAUCACCAGAUAUUUGGGACCUGCCCCUGUUACUACGUAGUUAUCUUAACACACCUAGAUUCAACCACAAUGGAGUGGGCCAAAGACCAGUACAACAAACAAUACGAGAGCUGGGUCCCCUGGCUGGAGGACAUAUACCUGCGCUACUUUACCCGCGACAACAAGGCGAGCUACACGACGCGGGAAAACCUCGCCAAAACCAAACUCACCUCCAACCCCCAAGCCGACGCCCUCCAAGACAAUGUCAACGACCUAGUCGCAAACCAAGUCGGACAGGACGGGCUGGCACGACCUGUCGGUGACCUAGUCUCGAAGGAGGGGCUUAACCGGGCGGAGAGGCAGGGGAAGGAUGAACGGGGCGGGUACGUGCCGAGGGAGGUGGCUGAGGGGGGGGAGGGGGUUGUUGAGGGUGUUGCUGGGGCUGGGAAGGGGGUUGGUGAGGGAGUGGGGAAGGUUAUUGGGUUGGGGAGGUGAUUUAUGAGUCUUUCUUGGGCGGGGGGGUAUUGGGUAGGUUCCAAGUUGAGAGGCUCUCGGGUUGAUGGUUUAUACAUGGUCCUGCUUAUGCAGAAUGGACGCUCGUACCACGUUUGAUUAUGUUGCUUUUAUCAGUUAUUUUGUUCAUUCCUGUUUUCAGAUUAGUAUAACCUCAAACAUAUAUGGCCGGAUAACUUUCAUAACAUGGGCAUAGCAAAUCACUUGAAUUGUUCAA